AAGAAGAAGAGAGAAAAAGAAGUAAGUAAAAAAGUAUAGCGGCUUAUCUGGUUGAAUUCUACAGAGAAUGUAUAUUAGUUGCUUUAUUCGGGCUCAGUCACUUUGGCAUGAAUGUAUAACUUUGAUCAGCAGGGGUAUGCAUGGAAGGAUAUUUGUUAAUUAUCACGGUAAUAUGAUAAAGUCGAGCUAACACGUUCAGAUUUUCUCUGUUCCAUGAAACAGUUGAUAUGGGAAACAAUAUAUCGGAGGUUUGCACUAAGAUAGCCAGCGGCCACACGGUGCAUGAGGUCGACUGCGCCACUAAAGAGAAGAUCGACAAGCUCCUACCGGGGCCCUGGGCGGACGUGGUGCUGCUGAGGCCCCACAACUGGGUUGUACUUCGCAGAUUUCUUAAAAUUCACGAGAAGGUCUACAACUUCCAGUUUCGACCAGACGAUGUAGUGGUGAUGACAUACCCCAAAUGUGGUACCACGUGGAUCCAGGAGAUCGUCUGGAACAUGAGGAACAACCCAGACCUUGACAACCCAGACGCCGACGACGCACUCUUCGUACGCAGCCCCUACCUUGAGAUCGACAUGUUUUCCGUGCCUGAAAUGGCAUUCGACAUUGCUUCCAUUGUCGCCUUCACGAAGGGCAUCCAAAAAUACGUCUGGAAUCUCUUCCACCUACUGGGAAGUUCACCUAUGUUCAAGGUGGCUGAAGCUCACAGGAAGCCUCGCACUAUCAAGACUCAUCUGCCCUUUUCCAUGCUGCCCAAGAAUCUAUUGGACACAUGCAAGGUUGUUUACAUGUCGCGUAAUCCCAAGGACAACGUACUGUCCGCUCAGCACCACUACAAGCUACACAAAAUGAACAACUUCGUUGGCACUCAGGAUGAAUUUGUUGACCUUUACGUGGAGGACUUGCUGUUAUACAGCCCGUACGGGCAGCACCUGAGGGAGGCGUGGUCUCGACGCCACCACCCCAACUUCUUCAUGACGACGUUCGAGGAGCUCAAGGCAGACACCCGCCAGCAGCUCACGAAGCUCGACGCUUUCUUGGGCACCGGCCUUACGGACAAGCAGUUCGACAACAUUUUACAGAUAACCAGCUUCCGGACCAUGCAAGAGAUGCACCAGCUGCAGAAACUUAACGAAACUGCCUACAAUAUGGACGUGGGAAACAAGGAAGGACUUUUCAUCAGGCAGGGCAAGGCUGGCACCUGGAGGGACAAGAUAACUCCAGAACAGAACGCCAAACUCGACCUUUGGAUCAGGAAAAAUUUCACCGAUCAUGGAAUCGACUUCAAAUACGACUGAUUGCCUGCCAAGCCUAUAAUAUUUCGAGAAAUGUUGUAAUGAAAUGAUCUAUCUAAUGAACAUUUUUUAUUCGAUCUGAAUCGAACAUAUCUUUAAAGGUAAUAACCUUGAACGUAAAUUUGUUUCACUAACAUAGCCGUCUGAAUUUAUAUCAACAGGCUUUAGCAUCAUGCGGGUGAUUGUGCUCUUUAUUUUUGUAUGACAUUCUACUUUUUGUACUUUAAUUUUUUAGAAAUAUUUGGAAUUUUUGCGGCAGUUUGAGGAAGAUUCAAAAUCAAAACUAUGCAGCAUUUUAGUGAGCAAUUAGUUUGGUUAUUUCUUUGUAAUUCUGAAUGGGAUAAAGAUACUUUAAUCAAUAUAUUUUAAUUUAUAAUCAUA